AUGGGAUCUUUAUUCUCCUCUGAAGAUAACCUCAAGUUAUUUUUCAAUUAUGGAAGUGAGCUCAACAUAAUACUGGAUGCCUGCAACUUCCAUGAAGGGUCACAGGCUACAGGAAAUGUGAGCUUUACAGUCGAUAGCAACUGUCCUUCCAUCCGUUUAAAUGUGGUUAUUGAAGGCUUUGAAAAUGUUAAGUGGAAAAAUAAAGAAAGAAGGAGAAGAGGUGGAAAAAGACGAACUAAAGUUGUAAUAUAUAAAGAUAAAAUCAAAACAAUUUCUAAUAGGAAUUUUGUGCUAGAGACCCAAGAAGGUUUUCUUCCAGGAAAUUAUUCAUAUCCUAUUAAUUUCCAAGUUCCACAAAAUGUUGCCGGGACCUACGCAUUCAAGUCAAGUGGAUGGGGACUUAGCUCCAAAUGCAGUAGCUCAUACAUGGUGUAUGCAGAGAUUACAAGCAAUGAUGGCUCCAAUACAUUACUCGGAAGAGCUGGAUGUCCCAUCGUUAUCAUGCAAAGACCAAGAUUUCAGCUUCAAUCUAAUGUCGAAACAAGUCUUACCGUCCCAAUAAAAACAUGGUGUUGCAUCAACAGAGGAAUCUUCGAUGGAAGAUUUUUCUUUGAAAAGAACAUUGUGUGCAUUAAUGACAAAGUUUGGAUGAAGUUCUAUCUUGACAACACCAAAAUUAAUCUUUCAGUUGAUAAAGUCAUUUGUUCCCUGAAAAGAAAAUUGGAAUUAAAAACACGCAGAGGCCGAAUGAAGGUAUUCACUAAAACAAUGAUUAAAAAAGAUAUGCCAGGAUGCAAGAAAGGAGAGAAAUCAGAAGAGAGAACAGUCCAGUUUGACCUAAACCUCGCUAAUGACGACGGCACCCCGUCUGAGCUCAAGGGAGGUCUGGGGGAGUUCGCCGGCAAAAUUCAGCAAAGUUGUAACGGCCAACUAAUUAGCUGUUCGUAUUUAUUAGAAAUGAAGGUAGACUUUGUUGGGUUCAGAUGUUGAGACCCAGACCCAGAAGCUGUAUUACCAAUUGAACUUUUAGCUCCUGAAAGAGUGCUUGUAUUCCAGCCUGAGAUUUACUCAGCACCCAUGGAUUACGGAGAUGCAGAUCAAUCAAUGAUUCCUUUUGUACCCGGUGGAGGGGUGAAUGCAGUUGCAACACAACAGCCAAUAAUGGAUCCGUAUGGAGGGGAAGAUCCAGAUGAAGCUCCUCCCCCAUCUCAAAUUCCACAAACCCAUGCAGCACCAGUCUAAGUAACAUCUAUUCAGUACUUUGCAGUUCCAAACGAUAGAUAUACUCAGCUUCUAGGAACAGUAUCUGCUCAAUAAAGGUUGCCAGGAACAUAAUUUCUAAUUAUGGAAGAAUAAUACAUUCACAUAAUAUUGUCAAAUUCCAAUAAAUACAAACACGCCUUCCCUUGACUCCUGC